AUGGUCGCGGGAGGAGGCUUUGAGAGCGAGCAUAACUACAUGUCCGCCUGGCGUACCAUGGUCACUCUCACAAAGGAGCAAGGCAUCCGUCGGCUGUUUCGAGGGACGCUGCUAACCCUUGCGGUGGCGCCGCUGACAGGGGCGUGGUGGUUUGCUUACGAACUCUUGAAGAGCUACACGUACGGCAUCAGUCCUGCUGUGGGGACUUUAUUGUCUAGAAACCUUCCCUCGACGCUGAUCGAGCGGCUUCCGGUGUACUGCACCUCGACAACUGAUAAUCUCCUAAUUAACUGCCUCGUCGCGACGUUCACAAACGUAGGGAUGGGGAUCCUCACAAACCCAAUUUAUGUGCUUCGGCUUCGACUGCAGGUGAAUCGAACAUUAAUCAAUGUGCGGUGGCCCAUAAUAUAUAUACUGAAAGAUAUACUUCAGCACGAGGGGGUUGGCGCGUUGUGGAAAGGGCUUGGGGUUAAUCUCUUCGUGGCGGCGAUGGGAGGCUGCGUGUUUGGUAUGACCUAUGAAAGUGCUAAGAAGUUUUCAGAUAUCACCGUUGUGACUCCCUCGUCCAGUUGA